AUGUCAAUUGUUCAGGAAAAUGCCUGCGCCGUCAACACUCAGCUGGAUCGUGUCCAGCAGCAGUUCGCCGGUGCUGAAGAGCCCCUGGCAACUCAGAACGGACCGAGCCCGAAUAUACCGAGCCCACUUAUUCCUUGCCUGCAGACUGUCAUUGGGGCUAUUUCUCUGACCUCCAAGAACCAGCCCUUCUUGUCCCCCACGCGACUCGCCGACUUGCUCGCGGACCCAGUCUGGACACAACACAUCGUGCCCCAGGCCGAGACUAAGCCCGACGAUGAAGAGGAGUUGUCCAUCCAUUUAUGGCUAGUAGCAGCGAAAGCGGCCAUCCAAGCUUCCGGUCUGGUCAUGCACACCUUACUGGACCAGACCUUACAACUUCACGAGGCGACCGACUACUGGAAUGAAGUCUUAGGUUCAGUCUGGAACUGCGGCCUGUAUGCGGCCCAGACUGCUCCGACUCGGCUGUGGCAUUGGUCGACAGGCAUUUCAUCUGUUCGACUCCGCCCUGGAACACUCGCAGCACCGCCAUUGAGCUCGAUCGCGGCUCGAUGGGCCCACUUUUACCAGAUUGCCCGCCAAUGUAUCUCCGACUACCCAUCCCGAGUUGACUGGUCGGCUCCAAUUAGAUCAUAUCGAUCGGAGAUCCGGAAGAAGCGAGAUUGCUUGGUCGCCAUGAAAGACAUUCACACGAGCAGCCUCGGACUGAUCAUGGAAGGAUGGCAUGCGUUUCAGACGGAGAAAUUGACGACGAAUGAUGCGCCUGCCUCUCUUGAGCAAUGGCAGGAUGCUGUAUCCAGAGUUGUGCUUCUCACUGGAGCGAUUGUCCACCAGGGAGCCCGUGGGUCGAAUGCUUGGGAAUUUCCACAACAAGUGCUGUCGACCAUCGAGAAUGAUAUGACGUCCCUGCAGAUGCCAGAAAGCAAGCGUGGUUCCACUCAACAGCCUAUCCACUUGAUCCAACGCUUGGUGCACCUCCUGCGUGUACAACUACCAACCCAUACUGCCUCCGUGUCGGCAUUCAUUGACCGCCACGGGCGGCCUUCGCGCAUUACCCGCUGGUGGUUACCUUUCUCUGCAGUGGUCCUUUCAGGUAGCAUCUCGCUCAGGAUUUUGGUACAUCGCCAAGCUGAAAUCAUGCAAUGGAUCAUGGAUAUUGGCUCUACGGUACUCGACUUCGGGAGCAACUGGGUUGUGGAGCCCAUCCGAAAGCUCAUCGGCACAAUCCGACACGAUGAAAAAAGUGAGAUCGCGAUCAUGAGCAAGAGUAGCCUUGUGGCUGAUCGCGCAAGUCUCGAGCGCAUGGUGAUCGACUUUGUCCGAGAUCGUCCGGAUUCCCAUAAAGGAGGGUCAGCCAUGGAGGACACGGCGGCAAUUGCCAACGCCGUGAAAGAAGGGGACUUGACGCCAGUGCUCCGAGCUUACGAGCGAGACUUGCGCUCACCCUUGGUCGGCACCGUCCGAGGCGACUUAGUUCGGGCUCUCUUAAUCCAGAUCCAGAAGACCAAAGUGGAUGUCGAAAUUGCGAUUAGUGGUAUUAAUGCUCUCCUGAAAAGCCAGGAACUCGUCUUUGGUUUUGUUGGGCUUACCCCCGGAAUCUUGGUCUCGUAUUCCGCUCUUCGAUGGCUGAUCGGGCUCUCUGGUAGCCGACGAGGCUUGCGAAAAGGAAAACAGCAACACGAACUACGUCGUGGACUUCGAAACGUCUCUCGAAUUCUCACGUCUGCCCCCCUAUCCGACGGAAUCAUUCCAUACAAAGACUCCGGGCAACUUAUUUGCGAAGCGGAAGCGCUACUACAAAAGGUCAAGGGUGUUCUUGGUGGAGUGCAAUAUCGGGAGUUCCGAGAGGAUAUCCAAGAUCUGCUCGAUGUCCAGAGCGGCGUGGACAGGCAGCUUCAGACUGUGGAGAGGAUGCGAUGGGCGUACUUUCAUUAG